CCCUAGCAUGAGGGACCUGUUUAACACCUCGAACAAGGCCUUCUGGGAGGAGCGAAUAAAGAAGGAGGUGCUUGUUCGGACUACCUGGAAUAUCCGAUAUGGACACAAGUACCUGAAAGAUGGGUCCAAGCCCAGGAAUCAGUCCCUGCAGGCCCCCCGUGGGUCAGUCUUGAAAGCAGGCCCGGUGCCUCCCACAGGCUCCCCUGUCAGAAAAAAGGCGCAAACAGAAUGGCCAGAGGCCAGUGGGGUCCAGGGAAGUGGAGUGAGGCAGGCCAGACAAGGUCAUCAGUACACAGCAGCCCAGGGCAGGCCAGAGGACUUAGAGAUGAAGCCUCCCAACCCGGCCACCUUGAAGCUGCUGUUCCAAGGUAUCUCCCAUGAUGGCCAGGGCAGGAUCUUGUACCUCAAGGAGCGGCAUCAACUGAUACCAGAGAAGAAGUACAAGUACCCGAUGGUGUCUUCCUGGAACUAUGGCUGGCAUGUGGGGGAUGUCAUGAAGAACUACAGGACGCCAACUCAUGCCAGAAUUUAUCCUAUCACAAAGUCAUUUUACAUGAAAAGUAGCAUUUUUCCUAUUCCACGGCGAUCGGAUGACAUCAUGUGA